UCGUGAGAUUAGUACGCUACAUGUUAAGUCCAGUCACGCACACUGUACAGUACAGUACAAUGUGGUAUGUUAAAAAAUAACUACUCGAGGCUGCCCACGAAGUUGUUUCUUUACACCCUCUCAGGCAACCCAAGCGAUUACUCAACCGAGAUAGAUAAACUUGGCUGGGAGUGUAUAGGCUAAGGAAUUAUUGCGGCUUUAAGUACAAACAAAUGCUUAGGCUACUGUACGGUCAUAUAUUGUUGCUUUGCCUGACAGACUGUCACAUGUGUUUUUAUACAGACACUAGUGUAGUUUGUCAUGGUACAUCAGCAACCGAUGCAGGCAUGUUCCAAUAUAGUCUCUCCAGACAGAAGCAGCUUAGACGUUGUAGCCUCCAUCAUGACAACAGUAAUAGUCCACAUACAGAAUAGGCCUACAGAGAAUACAGACCAGAACUAUAGUCUCUCUCUCGGCCACUACUCGUUCUGUCACUGUCAUGUGGUGGUCUUACAGGCGACAGACAUCCCCUGUUAUUUGAGCUUAUGACCAAUCAUUUUUAUUACAUAUUAAUAUGCUACAUUCCCGCCUUAUACUUGGAGAACAAUGAAAGUCAAAAACAUGGUGUCUCUUUCUGCCUAUCUCCACCAAUAUCCGCGCGUGACGCAAGGAGAGUAUACUUAAAUUAGGAUUAGCUCUCCACCAACAUUAAACUCAGCUGCCCUCCAUUCAAGCACCGCGCGAUAUACCGUCCCGCGCGCACGGUCGAAAAUAGGAGGGCUUUCUACUAAUCAGCACUCAGGCUCGCGCGAGCAAAAGUGCUUGGGUUGUCGAGUGAGCUUUUAGCAGAGGCGCAGAAGGUAGAAGGAACGAGCGAACGCAGAAGCGGUGGGUUACCAAUGCAUUCUCCAGAUACUGGAUCAUCCGGAGUAAAACACUGGAAACAAUAGAUUCCACGGGAAUUUUGCACAGUGCACGGUGUGCUAUCGUCUCCGAAUGAAUGACCAUGGGGGAGUGGACAAUAUUAGAGCGUCUCUUGGAGGCGGCUGUCCAACAGCAUUCUACUAUGAUCGGAAGGAUCCUCCUAACUGUGGUGGUGAUCUUCCGGAUUCUAAUCGUUGCGAUCGUUGGAGAGACGGUCUAUGAUGACGAGCAGUCCAUGUUUGUGUGCAACACCCUGCAGCCCGGCUGUAACCAGGCCUGCUACGACAAGGCGUUCCCCAUUUCCCACAUCAGAUAUUGGGUGUUUCAGAUUAUUCUGGUGUGCACCCCCAGUCUCUGUUUCAUCACCUACUCCGUGCACCAGUCCGCCAAGCAGAAGGAGCGCUUGGAGCGGGGGUACUCCACCGUGUUCCUCUCCUUGGACAAGCGCCAUGAUUCCAUCAAAAGAGACGACAGCAAAAAGAUCAAAAACACCAUUGUAAAUGGAGUACUUCAGAACACGGAGAACUCCACCAAAGAAGCAGAGCCCGACUGCUUGGAGGUGAAGGACAUCCCAAAUUCGGCCAUGAGAACUAGCGGAAAGUCUAAAAUGAGGAGGCAGGAGGGAAUCUCAAGAUUCUACAUCAUCCAAGUGGUUUUCCGAAACGCGCUAGAGAUAGGGUUCCUGGUGGGUCAAUAUUUCCUGUACGGAUUCAAUGUCCCCGCGGUGUAUGAAUGUGAUCGAUACCCCUGCAUCAAAGAUGUAGAAUGCUACGUUUCCAGGCCCACGGAAAAGACAGUGUUUCUGGUCUUCAUGUUUGCGGUCAGUGGCGUCUGUGUGCUCCUGAACUUGGCUGAACUCAAUCAUCUUGGGUGGAAGAAGAUCAAAGUAGCUGUCAAAGGCGUGCAGGCCAGGAGGAAGUCCAUCUACGAGAUCCGUAACAAAGACUUGCCUAGAAUGAGCAUGCCAAAUUUCGGCCGCACUCAAUCAAGUGACUCUGCCUAUGUGUAGCUGUCGAUUUCAAUACAACUGAAUGGGAACAAUUGUAGCCUACAAAGAAUUCACAUAUAUUUAAUAAUAAUGUGGUAGAUAUUUUAUCUCACCGACUUCGUUUGCGAAGUAGGUCGGGUAUAUCGAAUUUAUUUGUAUUUUAUGGAUAAG